AUGCUUAAAUGUGUAACUUGAAAAGUCCAUAUUCAAAUUAUAGAAAAGGUCGUUUCCUGUAAAGACUGGCUGGCUGGUGCAUUUUGAAUUUGCAUCGUCUUCGUUGCUCCACCUUGUUUGAAAUGAGAAAGUGGUGGAACGUGAAAUCUUUCAUCGGGACAGCAGAUCUUCUCCAAGUGCAAAGCACAAAUCGGAACAACUUUUUCCAUCAUGAACACAGACAAGAAUCCUGGAUUUGUAUCCACAACAGGAAAUGGGAUUGGCAUGAUUAAGGUCGAGGAUGAAGAGACUGGAAAUGAGACGUAUGCUGAGGCUGAGAAAGAGAGAGCAAUUUUGCCAAAGGAGGAAAGAGAAGGUAUCACUGAGGAAGGAAUGGAGGAAGGAAUGGAGGAAGGAUACGAUGGUGACAGGACAGAAGACGAUGAUGACAAUGACGGAGAGAGAGAUUCUGUGGUUGAACCAGAGGACUUGUCGAUGGUGGACUAUUCACUUUACAACAGCGCGGCUCUGCAGGAUGCCUCAACAGGGGCUGCAUCAGAGAGGACUCACAUGACUGGCGCCAUGACUCCCCACGUGCAGCCAAUGGGGAAGCUUAACUGUGACAUCUGCGGCUUGUCCUGCGUCAGCAUCAACGUACUUCUGGUGCACAAACGCAGCCACACGGGUGAGAGACCAUUCCACUGCAGUCAAUGUGGAGCUUCCUUUACCCAGAAGGGAAACCUGCUUCGCCACAUCAAACUCCACUCCGGGGAGAAGCCUUUCAAAUGUCCCAUGUGCAGCUAUGCUUGCCGCCGCCGCGACGCCUUGAGCGGGCACCUGCGCACCCAUUCUGUAGAGAAGCCCUUCAAGUGCAACCUCUGCAGCCGCAGUUACAAGCAGCGCAGCUCCCUCGAGGAGCACAGAGAGCGGUGCCAUGUCUACAUUCACAGCAAAGCACCUGCUGAGAAAGCAGACGACAGUCACCUAUCAAGGACUCAGAUGGGCACCGAGCGUGCUCUGCUACUUGACAGGCUCGCCACAAAUGUAGCCAAACGCAAGAGUUCCAUGCCGCAGAAGUUUACAGGUGAUAACGGUGUCUGUCUGGACCUGAGCUUGAACAGGAACCCAGUUCAACAACAGGACCCUCCAUUAGGGUCCCCUGGGCCUGACGUCCACAGCCAGCAGCCAUUAAUGCGUUCGGGCCCGGACAGUGAUCCAGCUCACUCCCAAAGGCCAUACCCCGUCCUGUUAAACCGCAACGACAUCAGUCCCAUUGGCCUCACCAACGGCCACAAGAUGAUCAUGCCGUUGCCAGGUCUCCCUCACACCCCCCAGCAACCUCUUGGCGUGGAUGCGUUCUACACUGACAGCUCCCACGGAUCUCCGAUCAUGUAUAGCUUAGGCCACUUGCUGGGUGGGCUGAACCACCAGAACGGGAUCCCACACUCUCAGCCCAUUCCCUUGUCACCCCUGGAAGCUUUGCAGGUAGCGCGGGCUGACCGAGAAGCUGGGGGGAUGCCUGGGGCGUUGUACUCCUGCAGCCACUGCAAGGUGAUCUUUCUUGACUACGUCAUGUUCACCAUCCACAUGGGAUGCCACGGCUUCCGCGACCCGCUCGAGUGCAAUGUUUGUGGCCAUCGCAGUCGAGACCGUUAUGAGUUCUCAUCACACAUAGUCCGGGGGGAGCACCGAGUGGAAAUGAAGUAGCUACCAUGCCAAUAGCUGCCCACAUAAUACACACAAUUAAAUAACAGCAAAAUGACAAUGCAGAUUUACUUUUAGAGGUAGCGUGUGGAACCAGAAAUGAAACAAUAGACUGCGGUGUGUUUGAGUGUAUUCUAUAGGCUGUAGCUUUCAGGGAUGUUCUUAUAGUCAUCCUGUAUUCAUCUGAAAUGAUGGUCUCGAAAGAGUCAAACUUGGUUUUGGUUUUAUCCCUUGUGGUGAAUACUGUUUAUUUUGAACAUUCAAAUGUUCUCGAAUAAAAACAAAAUAUAUUA